GACGACCCAUAAGAAGCAUUGAAAACUGCAUGCUCGGCCGAUGUGUCGUCCUGUUGGGACACAUCCCGAUUUCGUGAUCUCUACAAGAGGGAAACGUCGAAGGCAUGGCUUCCUUACGUAGCGACUACGUACCAUGGUAUACGCAACUGCAUCUCACAAAGGUCGCUCUCGUGAUUUUUGUCACGGCGCUCCCUGUAACUGCUAACGGCACGGCGCUCCCUGUAACUGCUAACGUCACGGCGCUCCCUGUAACUGCUAACGCCACGGCGCUCCCUGUAACUGCUAACAAAAUGGACACUAAAUUGAACCAAGCCGGUUGUGGCAAAUUGGGGUCAAAGGGAAGGAUAUACAACGGCAAGCCUACCUUCAUGGAGAACAUGCCGUGGAUAGUUCAAAUUACGAGCAUAUUUUAUGUUGCGCCGGGUGGUCAAUUCUCAUGUGGUGGGAGCAUCAUUACAAGGAACCUUAUUCUGACUGCGGCGCACUGCUUGUUUCAUAAAGGCGUCUUUGCGCAAAUGGUCAUGGUGUUCUACAGCUCCGACCUGUUUAUGACCGGUAAAACACUUCUAGCUGAAAAGAUGAUACUGCACCCAAAAUUUGUAAACAAGUUUGUGCUCCAGCAUGACGUCGCACUUCUUAAACUGGCAGUGGACCUGCAAUUCAGCAGACAGGCUAAACCAGUGUGCCUACCUACAGCAAAAAUGGACCUUGCAGGCAAGACUCUUGUAGUUGCCGGCUGGGGAGCAACAGAAUCUGCAAACAAUAGCAAGAUUCUUCUGCGCGCAGAAGUUGUUGCUCUCACAGAUGAUGAGUGCCAAGCAUCAUUACGAAGAUUGAUAAAUCCCCUCACGCGACGCCCCAUGCGUCCUGGUCCCGCAGUUUGUGCUUCUGGCUUAAACCAGCGCGCCUGUAAGGGGGAUUCAGGCGGACCGUUAACGCUCACGAACGACGAUGGAAGAACACUACAAGUCGGAAUUGUUUCGGCUGGUGUGCCGUGCCCAUCCAAGAUAGCGUCAGUGUACGCGAGUGUUGCCAGCCACAUCAGAUGGAUUCGAAGAGCCCUCAACCGCCCGAGAAAGUGGAUAAAGCUCCGGCAUACCCGGAAGGUAGUGAACAUGGGCUAGGCAAACUGAGGUCCUCCGAUUGUAACAGUGUUGAAAAGUCUACUCGGAAUCGUCGGCUAAUUGGUCCGUUAUGUUGAAAAAAAAAGCGCUAGGACGCCGAUAAUACAACCCUUCUCGCCCUCCCUACUCCUUGAAAAAAGAAAAAGAGAGGCAAUGCUGAAACCCAGUAUAUCAAUAAAGUUGCUUAUUCCAUGCAAUACAA